CCAGAGCCACGACCGCCGGAACGGGCGCGCUCAGUAGCGCUGACAGGACAGGCUUCUGGAAUAUUGGCUAAGCGUGACGCUAUAUGGUGCGUGGUCCAGCUCUCUUCAACGCGUACGACUCUGACCGCGAUGUGCCUUUAGCUGGUGACGAAGUGAGACGCGCAGCGUUCGCAUCGACUGAGCACGUCUCGGAGCGCGAUAUUCACGAGAGGUGCACCUGGCCGUCCCUUCAAACACCCACGACACGUCUUACAUAGGCUCAAACACGCCUCGAUCACGAAUACUCCAAGAACACGACACCAGCACGAACGCAACGACCCAUUCUUCUUCCAUUCUCGAUACUUCCUUCAGUCUCCCUUCGACCAUCAAGAUCUUCGUAUAACCUCAACACCUCUCCGGUUUUGUCUGCGGUAUGCUUCGUCGCCGCGCCUCCUCAGAGGCCGCCCCGCGCGGCGCGCGCUCGCGCACGCACAAGUCGCGCCAGAGCGAUACGCAGAUCUUCAAACGCGAGGACAAGCGCCUCAGCCAGCCGCCCCUCCUACGCCCUCUAUUCCUCGUGACGAAGCACUUCGGGGAGGACGAAGAAGAGCAGCAGGAAGGAGGACAUACCGACGCGCGGGGAGGAGAUGCCGAUUCUCGAAAAGGCGAAGCUUCGACAUCCUCCGCCAGCGUGGGACCUUCGACGAGGCAUCGUCGAGCACCGUCGACCUCGAGAUCGACGCCGACGGCGCGGAAGUCGUCCGCCUCCGCGCGCUCUACCUCCCUCUCGCGGCCUUCGCACUCAUCCGCAGGUCGUCCGUCUCGCGCGACGGCAACACGAUCUUCUCUACCCUCCGCUUCGUCCACUCGCUCGCAGACUCCCGCGUCGAAACCAACACCACCUGCGUCGCGUAUCCCUCCAUCGACGCCGAGAGGUGCAUCGCAAGGACCGCCAGUCACUCCACGAACUCCUCGUACUUCUGCAUCACCUACCAAGCAGAUAGCGACGCCUACGAAGCAGUCAGCGACGCCAACGAAGCUGCCAACAACCCCGCGAACGCCCGCGUCGGGAUCGAGGAUACCGAAGGCAGCUCCUGCAACACCCAAGACGCCGGUGACUGCGCGAGUAUCGCCUCCAGACCGUGCCGCUGCGCUCUCACCUGCGAGGAAGCUGCCGCGCUGGAAUGCGAGCACGGCGGUGCCAGCGUCGCCGACGAGGGCGACUGGCGAUUCGCCAAAGAG